AUGGUCGAAAAGUUCGGCAUAUUUCUGCUGUUCCUAGCGACUACCGUAUCCACUGUGCCGGAUUGCCGACAUGGGGCAUGCGAUGCGCUAACUUGUGAAGCGGGAUGGACUGCGCUGAACCGGACGAGGAGCUGUUUCAAGCUGAUCAGAAAUGUCGAUAUCUCGAAAGCGAAUGCAGAAUGCGGACUCUACGGUGCAACGGUGGCUUCGGUCGGGAACGCGGAGGAAAAUAAGGAUAUCCUAGAAUUCGGAAUUAUUUCCCAAGUGAAGAAAAGUGAGGCCUACUUCCUCGGCGCCAAGAAGAAGGGCAGCGGGCCUUUGGGAUUUGAAUGGAUUGAUGGGAAAAGGUUCAACUAUACGAACUGGAAGAAGGGAGAGCCGAGCGACAAACACAAUGGAAAAUCGGAAGAAUGCAUUGAGAUGUUCGUGCGGUACUGGAAGUUCGACCCAACGAAAAGUUUGGAGCAGAAUAUGGAAGCGACUGACGCCGGGAAGUGGAACGAUCUGACGUGCGGCUGGAGUCCGAGAGUUUUCGCGUGUCGUAAGGACCAGCGUCCCGAAAUCCAGGGACCCAGUAAAUAUCCCCCAGAAGAGCCGAGCGUUAUCACAACUGUGAGCAAGCCAAAGGGUCCUCCUUGCGAAGCUGGAUGGCUGUGGACGAAUACGACGGAAAAAUGCUACAAGUUCCUAAGCCAAAGCACCCUGAACCAAUCGAUAGCACAAUGCGGGAAAAUGGACGCGUCGGUGGCAAUGAUUCGUUCGGCUGCCGAGAAUCAGGCUCUGAUUGAUCUCUGGCAAACCAACUACAAUGCAACUGUUAAAUGCUUCCUCGGAGCUCGCCGGUUCGGGAAAGGCAAGCUCGAUUUUCGCUGGCUCGAUGGCACCAACCUCACCUACAACAACAUACAUCAGCCUUAUAUUGGGGAAACUGAAGAUUGUCUAGAGCUCUUUAUCGGAGACGCCUUUGGCAUCGCCAGCAUCUGGAACGAUGUCUCCUGCGAAGCCCAAGAACAAGUCGGCGUUUGCGAGAAGAAGAAGCUGCAUUCCACUUCG